AUGGUGUUCCCCUCAGCAUCUCACUGCAAAGGGCACAUCCCAUGGCAGGGGCUCCUGCUCACAGCAGCCCUCUGCNCCUUCUGGAUCCCACCCCCAACUGCUCAACUCACUAUUGAAUCAGUGCCCUUCAAUGCUGCCGAAGGUCAGGACGUUCUUCUCCUUGUCCACAAUAUGACAGAGAAUCUUCUAGUCUAUCACUGGUACAAAGGGCAAGAAGUGCUCAACAACCAACUCAUUAUAUCAUAUAUGAUAUAUACUCAAGAAUAUACCUCAGGGCCUGCAUACAGUGGUCGAGAGAUAUUAUUCCCCAAUGGAUCCCUACUGUUCCAGAAUGUGACGCUGGAGGAUACAGGAUACUACACACUACAAAUCAUAGAUAUAUAUGUCAGCGCUGACCAAGCAUCUGGACAGUUCCAUGUAUACUCGGAGUUACCCAAGCCCUCUGUCACAAGCAACAACUCCCACCCUGCGGAGGACGAGGACUCUGUGACAUCAACAUAUGAACCAGAGACUCAGGACACAACCUACCAGAAUCCAGUGAGCACCAGCCACAGUGACACAUUCACCCCGGAUAUUUCCU